AAGAAUACUAUUUGAGAGGAAAAAAGGCAUAAAAAUGUGGUAAGAUUCGCUCCGUAACCGUCCUCCCUUUUCUAUAAGAACCGACCUCCCCCCACCAACAAGACAAAGCAAUUAUUCAAUUAAAAGUAUCAAAAUCAAAGAGAGAGAACAAUGGCCGCAACAGCAGAAAUGAUCCCAGCAGGAGAAGUGAUCGCUUGCCACACCGUCGAGGACUGGAACAACAAGUUGAAGGCAGCCAAAGAAUCCAACAAACUGAUUGUGAUAGACUUCACAGCAGUGUGGUGCCCACCUUGCCGUUUCAUUGCACCCAUCUUUGUCGAGCUCGCUAAGAAGCACCUUGAUGUUGUCUUCUUCAAGGUCGACGUCGAUGAAUUGGCUACUGUUGCUCAGGAGUUCGAUGUUCAGGCCAUGCCAACCUUUGUCUACAUGAAAGGCGAAGAGAAGCUCGACAAGGUUGUUGGUGCUGCCAAGGAGGAAAUCGAAGCCAAGCUUUUGAAGCACUCUCAAGUUGCUGCCGCUUGAUUAUCCUUCUUCUUCUUCUUCUUCUUCUUCUUCUUCUUCUUCUUCUUCUUCUUC